AGAACAAGAGGCUGCCGAAGACAAAAUUUCUCUGCAACGGCCUGCACAGGGCAAUGUGUGCAGCCAUCUUUUAGGAGGAGGACAAGAAAAUCUGUGAAGUUUGAACAAGCAGCCUUCCCAAGAUGAACCGAAUAUCUCAACUGAUGUCAACACCAGUAGCAAAUUCUUCCCGGUCUGAGAAAGAAUACGCUGUAGAGCUGUCUCCCCCAUGCAUUUUCCCAAGUCCCUUUGACUGCUGCCCCAUAGAUCCCCUGACAGGCUCCCACCUUACCUGUCGCCGAAGUCCCAGACUCCUCACCAAUGGCUACUACAUCUGGACCGAAGACAGUUUUCUCUGCGACAAAGAUGACAACACAACUCUGAGCCCCUCCCAGACCAGUGUCCUGUACAAGGAGAACUUAGUCAAAAUAUUUAGAAAGAAAAAGAGAAUCCGCCGUUCUUUUUCUUCUCUCUUCAACCUCAGUGCCUCUGAAUCUUGGCUGCAUGGAAACACCUUUGGUAAUGCUGACUCUUCCCCCAAUGAGGACGUCUGGUUGGAGGGGGUCAGGAGGCUGGAAACAAACCAUUGCAAUGAAAAUGGAGGUGGUUUGGACUGUUCGCUGAUGGAUAACUGGGAGUCAGAGAAGCUAAAUGCAGAGUCUGUUAAAACCUCCUUUUCCAGCCAUGUCACCUCUCGGAGUCCCGGAGAAAACUCCCACAACCUGCCUCCUCGGUCCCAGUUCACAGCUUCUGAACCUUUCCAGGAAAACAUUUUGGAUCAUCCAAAAACCAGUUUGUUAGGAGAGGUCUCCUUUCAAGCAACUCUGUUUGCUGCAUGCUUAAUUAUCUCUGCCUGUGCAAGAUGGUUUCUGGGAGGAAUCAUAGCCAGUGUCUUCACAUGCUCCUUGGUGAUAACCAUUGCUUAUGUCGUCAAGUCAUUUCUUCUCAGCCUUGCCAACUCUUUCAAAGCCACCACCUGCACUUGGUUUUGCCAAAAUUUGACAACCAUUCAGGAGAGCCUCUGAUGAAUGUCUUCAAUCUGAAUAUCCAGAAAUUGUCCCAUUUGUAGUCUGCUUGGAAUCAACUGUUUUAUUGGAAAGAGUGAACAAGUGG